GCGCCGACCGUUUACGACCCGGGCCGAGGCUACCAGGCCGCCGGGCUCCCCGGGAGGCGGAGCGAAUUUAGCCCCUCCUUCAUGCUCUAGCACCCCCGCCGCAGAUUCCAGACGGCGGCGUCAGUACCCCUCGCGGAGCGGGGCGGGGGUCACCGAGGUUUUCAAAGGCCCCGGAGCCGACAGGAGAGGACAACCAAGGCGGGGGCGAUUUAGGGGAGUCUCGGGGACCUCGAGGAGCAUGAUGGGAAGACAACGAGAGGGUGACGAAUCGUGAAGUGGCGAAACGCACAUCUUUUGUCUUCUAGGGCACGGGAAGGCCGUCACUUCCGGCAACAAUAGGAAACGUCAAAACUCGGACAGGCGGCGACUAGGGCCGCCGCAGCGGGAGCGGCGCUGAGCUGGAGGCGGCGGGAGUUGCGCCCGGUGCGGACAUCACCACCACCACAUCUCUCCCCUUCCCCUCCUCGGCUGAGGCCGUAGAGCUCGAACCGGCUUCUCCAUGGCCUGGACAACCGUGCCCGGCUGAGCCGCUUUCCAGUUGGCUGAAGCCACCCUCCUGAGGCUGAGUCGUCGCGGCGGCGGUGGGGAUUGCAGGUGGCUCAGGCUCGCAGAUGGGUCAAGGGCUGUGGAGAGUGGCUAGAAACCAGCAACUGCAACAGGAAGGCUAUAGUGAACAAGGCUACCUAACAAGAGAGCAAAGUAGGAGGAUGGCUGCUAGCAACAUUUCUAAUGCAAACCAUCGAAAACAAGCCCAAGGGGGUAUUGACAUAUAUCAUCUUUUGAAAACAAGGAAAUCUAAAGAACAGGAAGGAUUCAUUAAUUUGGAAAUGCUGCCUCCUGAACUAAGUUUCACCAUUUUGUCAUACCUGAAUGCAACUGAUCUUUGCCUGGCUUCAUGUGUUUGGCAGGACCUUGCUAAUGAUGAACUUCUCUGGCAAGGGUUGUGCAAAUCCACUUGGGGUCACUGUUCCAUAUACAAUAAGAACCCACCUCUAGGAUUUUCCUUUAGAAGACUGUAUAUGCAGCUGGAUGAAGGCAGCCUCACCUUUAAUGCCAACCCAGAUGAGGGAGUGAACUACUUUAUGUCCAAGGGUAUCCUGGAUGAUUCACCAAAGGAAAUAGCAAAGUUUAUCUUUUGUACAAGAACACUAAAUUGGAAGAAGCUGAGAAUCUAUCUUGAUGAAAGGAGAGAUGUCUUGGAUGACCUUGUGACAUUGCACAAUUUUAGAAAUCAGUUCUUGCCAAAUGCACUGAGAGAAUUUUUUCGACAUAUUCAUGCCCCUGAAGAACGUGGGGAGUAUCUUGAAACUCUUAUAACAAAAUUCUCACACAGAUUCUGUGCUUGUAACCCUGAUUUGAUGAGAGAGCUUGGCCUUAGUCCUGAUGCUGUAUAUGUACUGUGUUACUCUUUGAUCCUGCUUUCCAUUGACCUCACUAGUCCUCACGUGAAGAACAAAAUGUCAAAAAGAGAAUUUAUCCGAAACACUCGGCGCGCUGCUCAGAACAUUAGUGAAGAUUUUGUAGGGCACCUUUAUGACAACAUCUACCUUAUUGGCCACGUGGCUGCAUAAAAGCACAACUGUUAGGACUUCAGCUUUGAAGGUGAAAACAACUAAAGCUACCCAAGAAAUUAUUUUGUAGAUAUGGGGGUUACACUAGUGCUGGUCAUUCUAACCUCUGCAUACAAUCAAGUGUGUGUAUACUACCUUUUUUUUUUUUUUUUUUUUUAGUAAUUUACCAUGGGAACUGAAGGAUUUUGCAGAAAUUUUUCUUAAUUUUCCUUUUAUUUUGCACAAAGCAGAGCCAUGACAAAACAGAGUCUGACACAACCAUUUAAGAAUGUUUGAACUGACAUUACACUAAAACAGUGGUAAAUUUUUGCAUUUGAUUUGCUUCAGAAAUCUUAACCAGUUCCAUUCUUUUAUAAAAUACCAUAUAAUGUGUACAUAUUUAACUAAAGAGAUUUAUAAUCAUAAUUAUUUUAUUGUAUAGUAUUUUAACUAAAGUUUUUCCUUUUCUCUCUAAAAUUGACUUCUUACUUUCUUUACUACUGAUCAGAGAUUGUGAUUGUUUUCCCGAAAGUCACUUCUGACUUCUGAGAGAUUCAUCAAUAACAAUAUUUAUUUCAUUUUUGAAUUGGAAAGGAGGGCACUAAUUUCUGAUUAAUUUUACAUCACAUAUAUGUGUAUAUACAUUGUGUGUCCACACAUACAUUGACCCAUUAUUUUAGGGAGACAGCAUGGCAUAGUGAUUGGAGUGCUAAAACUUGAGUGAGUCCUACCUCUAACAUUCUGUCACCAUGGACAAAUCAUUUAACCUUUUGGUGACCUAGACAACUCUCUAAGACUAUAAGUCGAAGAUGAGCUGCUGAUUUGCAUAUAGGGUGGGAGUUUCCAUAUUGGAAGUUCUGAUACAUAGUGGUGAAAUCACCUGUCUGAUGCCACUCCCAUGUACACACACACACACACACACACACACACGCAGCAACAUAAAGGUACAUGACGGGUAUAAAUAGGUUGUAGGACAUUACCAACCAUUACUUCCAUGCAAGGAGUAAUGUGUGUAUAUGUACAUGUGAACAUAUAACUACAUAUGUAUGUGUGUACAUGUAAGUAUAUGUAUACAUCUAGAAUAAGAAAGACAUGUUUAACCCAUAAUUACUUUGUUAAUUCAACUUUUAAACCACUAGUUAAACAACUACUCGAUGAAGAGUGCUGAGCAGCUAGGUACCGAGUAAUAUUUUUUAACUAUAUAAGACAUGAUCCUUGCCCUCUUGGAAUUUACAGUUUACAGCAUUUAAAUUUUCUGUUCCAUACAGACUUAACUCUAAGAUACUAUAAUAACAUUCUUAUGGAGCAUAGAUUACAUGUCUUUAAAGGAUUUCUUUUCCUCAGCACUUGAAUAAAUCAAAAUAAAGUAUUCAUUGAGUAGCAUAGUAAAUCUCUCUUGACUGUCUUUAAAAUAAUUUGACUAAUGUUACUAUCUUUGAAAUAGUCUCUUGCCAAUGAACUUUCAAAAGGGAUAUAUACAUAUAUAUAUAUAUAGUAAGUGUCACUUCAGUCUGGUUAGGAAUAAUCAGAUUGUUUUGGUUAAUGGUAAGUUAUCUAUGCCACAAAUAUAUUAGCACUUCUUAGAAAAUUAUAACACUUUAAAACAGGAAUUAUACAGAUCAUAGCUUAAUCACUGGUAAUUCAAUAACUCACUAGAACUGUAUGUGUGUGUGUGUGUAUCUUUGUAUAUCGAGACUUGCCACUUUAAUCUAAACAUGUCUCUCCCUCCUAUCCCUACCUCCCAAAAAAUCUAUGUAAAAAGGGGAGAGAUAACAUCCAGGUUUGUAACAGCACACUUAUGGAUUGAUGGGUAGGGGUUUUGGGGUUUUUUUUUGCUUAUUUUGGAAGAAUGGAAUGGUAGGAGGAAAACAUUUAGAUCAAAAUGGGAACCUCAGUUGUUGUCCAGAUCUGCCCUACAGGUACGCUGCAAAGACAAUACUUUGAUCGAUGCCAACCAACAGUAAAUCAACAUUUAACAAGCGCCUCCUAUUUCCAGAUACUAUAUGUGAACUCUUUAGUGUGAGUACUUUCUCCACUAUUACAAAUUAUAAUUAUUCUAUGCCUUUUCAUCCUGUUUACCUUGUGCCUGUUUUUGUAGGUUUUCUUCAAGGACAACCAAGAGCUGUCCAUCUAUUAUGUCUAAUUCUUGCCGCAUAAAUCACUUCCUUCUUUGUCUAGUAAGACAUAUCCUUGAUGAGUUCUUUUUAUACCACUUCUUUCAGGCAGGUAAUGGUUGGUGAUAUAUGGCUUACUACUUACACCCAUCAUGUACCUUUAUGUUGCUACAUGUUUUAUUCUUCACAGGACAGUGGUAGUCUAUGACAUGUAGUCAUGUAGCAUCAUCAGGAAAAUAUUUUGUGUAAAUAAAAUAGAUUUUGCUGUAGGAAGCAAAUUAAGAUCAUUGAAAAUAAUAAACAGUUUCCCCAGUAAAAUCCA